AUGGCUUCCUUCAUGGAAGAGCUGUGGUCCAGCAUCUUCACUCCAGGCCCCACCCCAACCCUCCUGAUCGCGACAAAUGUGACCUUUGCUGCCCUCCAACUCGUCUUUUUCGGCCUCCUCCUCGCUACCUCCAGCCUCCACUUUGUCGCACUCUCCCUGAUUAGUGCCGGUCUGUGGUACUCCAUCAACUGGUUCGCCCAUGAGGUGCGCAUAGCCCAGGACGCCCAGAACGCCGAGAAGGAGAAGGCCGAGUCAGACACCGCCGACGGGAAGAAGGAAUCCGGGGACAAGGCCAGUAGCCCCGGUCCGGGUGCAGGCGCGGACGCCGACAGUGAAACAGAAACCGAGUCCAUUACUCGGGGCAAGACGGGUCGAUCUUCCACGGCGACGGGCAGUGUCACCUCGGGCAGACUCCAGCCUGCUGAACUGGACCCUCGAAAGCGUGUUAGCUCUGGUGGAGAUAGUUCUGGAUAUGGGAGUACCGACAGCGAGUGGGAGAAGGUGGAUGAUAAGGCCAACCACUUCCAACCUUCAACCUCCUCUCCCCCUCCUCUUCUCCUCUCCUUUCCAACCAAAUGUCUUGAUGUUCCGCUAAAAUGCCGUAUCCGUGAUCACAAUGUUAUCCACCAUGCCUCUCAAUACGGGCCGCCGACGCGUAUUCGGCUCUGUUUUCUCCCCGCGUCUCUCGAAGCUCGCCCACCGCUCGCCUCGAGCUUCGAUCACGAUCAAGCUGCACUCGUUUCCUUCCAAUCGACCGCCUCGCUCGCAACUUUGAAAGUAGACUCGCAGACGGGAUCUUUCGUGUCCGCGCAUGAAACAGUCGAUCCACUUUCCGACCACGAAACAUGGGAUCAAGCAUGGUCUGCCGCAACCGCCUUUCUUUCUAUUCCAGAUCAUGGAUUCGCUCCAAUUUACGAAGCUAGGGAUACCGAUGGGAGUGAAAUACUCAGGCAAUUGAACAGACUCACCCCACCAUCGAAAGAAACAGCCGACUCUCUGUCCUAUCUAGCGGCCGCGGCACAACAAACCAACACUCUACAAGGCGGAGUCGGUUCGAGAGAUUUGUUUAGCUGGUAUAGUGAUGAGAUACGGCGACACUUCUUGACGAACAUGCGAGGUGGAUUAUACCAGGUCCUCCACAGUCCUCAUGAGGCAGGCUUGUUACGCACUAUCGUCGACUGCCUCCAAUUGGCCUUUCGGAUAUACCUGGCCCCUAUUCGACAUUACCUCUUGCCAUUGAUUCCUGCCCCCGAACAGAGUCGCAUAUUCCUUCAACUUCAGCGGGGCUUCCAUACAGUUGUCUCGUAUUCAUUGCCAUGGCUACAGAUCUCACCUCUAUUAACCCAAGAAUUUGCGCAAGACGCGCUCAUCAUCCUCGGUAUCGACACUUUGCUUGAAGACCCGGACUCGGACGAUGAAGGACAGGAUGACAUGGAAGUUGAUGGGGAGUACUCGGUCUCGUACUGCGACUGGAACCAGGCCAAUGAGGAGACUCGUGCGGGUAUUAUGACAGAACAUGAAGACAACGAGGUCACGAUAGCCCGAGAUCGUCUGCUAGCUUUCCUCAACGGCUUGCAGCUCGUGGGACUUGGCGGUGACAAAGCCCAAAAGGUAUUUGCGAAUGUGAUGAACAUCAUGAUGACUGAGUUCAUACGUGCGGCCUAUACUUCGCAAUGGGAAUCCCCGACAUCAGUACCGCAGCAUCUCAGGCAUUGGGUUGAGAAUGUUUUUGCCCGUCUUGCCGUUCAAGUCCUCAAUAUUAUCCACACCCAGCCGAGCAGUCAACCAACUGGUACACUCGAUGUCAGUUUUGCAGAUGUGGAAAAAUGGCAAGAGAUUGCCGUCUCUCGCCUAGGCGCACUACGGGCCAGUGAACUAUUUGACGUUAUUGUUGAAUGGCCUGCCAGCACUGGAGCCGUGGAGGAUUUGAAACAUUUCACUACUCAUCCUGCCGCCCGCGCAUACGUCACGCAAUCGUUUAUUGCGAUUCUAAACCAGCGGCUACUGCACCCUGGUGCCUCGACGGUGGAGAUAUUGCAACUCUACAUCUCCAUCAUCCGCGCCUUUCACCUCCUAGACCCGAAGGGUGUCCUUCUCGACCGCAUUGCUCGGCCUAUUCGACGAUACCUUCGUGACCGUGAAGACACUGUGAAGGUGAUCGUCAGUGGUCUCUUGGCUGAGCCCCCGACUGGCGACACUUCGGGUCUUCCCUCCAGCCAUGACACCUUGGUUGAGCUGUCAACGGAGCUAUCAAAGGCACACCAACUUUCUCUACAAGGUAGUACUAGCGAACUGGACUGGGAUGACAUGAACUGGAUGCCGGAUCCCGUCGAUGCAGCACCCGACUACCGGAAAUCGAAGAGCUCAGAUGUUAUUGACAGUUUAAUCAGUCUCUUUGACUCUAAAGAAACCUUUGUCAAGGAACUACAAACACUACUCGGCGACCGGCUUCUCCAGAAGCGCGAAGACUACGACCAAGAGAUUUCUGUUCUCGAAUUACUUAAAGUCCGCUUCGGUGAUUCAGCCUUGCAGGCCUGCCAAGUUAUGCUUCGGGAUAUCUCCGACUCACGACGGGUCGACCACUCCAUCCGCCACGACCAAGGUCUUUCCAAGUCCCCCUCACGUGGGCAUUCAAAACGCCCAACAUCACGCCCCAGUCAUCCAGAUCUUCACGCAAAAAUCUUAUCUCGUUUCUUCUGGCCCGAGAUCCAAGACCAGGAGUUCAUCGUUCCGGAAGAGAUAUCCUCGCUCCAAGACCGUUACGCAGAAGGCUUCGAGGCACUCAAGCAAUCGCGCAAACUGACCUGGCGCAACGGCUUGGGCCAAGUGACUGUGGAACUAGAGCUCGGCGACCGCUCCUUCUCGGACGAAGUAACAACCUGGCAAGCAACCGUCAUCCACGCCUUCAACUCAACGACCGAAAAUGAACAAGAAACGACCUCCAAAUCAGUCCUUGACCUCUCCGCCGACCUAAAGAUGGCCAGCGCUCUUGUUCGCAGCGCCUGCUUGUUCUGGGUCAGCAAGCGUAUUCUCGCCGAAACAUCCCGCGAUACAUUCCGUGUUCUAGAAUUCCUCCCCACGGAAGCAGAAGUCGCAGAAGACUCUGCCAACAAUGACGGUGGUGUCGGUGGUAUCGCCGCCGACACAGGCGACGCUGCAGCUGCAGCUGAAGCAGCGGCCGCGGCCGCAGCGAAGGAAGCCGCUGAAGCGGCAGCUAUGGAAAAGAUGAACCUUUAUUGGCAGUUUAUUCUUGGCAUGCUGACGAAUCAGGGCGCGAUGAAUCUGCAAAAGAUUGUUAUGAUGCUGAAGAUUGUUGUGCCUGGUGGUUUCCCGUUUAGCAAUGAGGAACUACGCGAGUUCUUGGCUGGGAUGGUUUCCAAGGGCAAGUUGGAGAUUGUUAGUGGAGGCAGCUAUAAGCUUGUUCAUUAG